GGCUACUCCUGCUGUCCCCGCGCGGCGCCGUGUGCAGCGUGCAGCGAUCUACGUACAUGCAACCGCAAGAAUAAUUUGAUCUCUCUCCGCCAUGUUGGCUCAAGUGGAGCGCUUGAAGUUGGCAGUGUGCGGUUGGCGGCCAGCCAGUACCCCACCAGCAAUGCUCAGCCUUCACGAGAUUGAGGCGGCACUCGCCGAGCAGAGGAAGGGGAAGGUGGUAGCUCAUGAGUCGUACGAGCUCAGCUCCGCCCCCACGCGAUGCCCAACGGCGGAGCUUCUUUCCUUCGUUGACGACCUGGACGCCGACGCGCACAAGGAGAGCUGGGGUGCCACCGCGCUGCCGAGAGACGGUGACGAGCCGGAGCUCGAGACGGCGCUCCCAGAGGCAGUGCUCUCAGGGGGCCGGCGCCCCCGGAGGGGGUCUGCGGUGCCCGCGCCGAGGGAGGCCCCCGUCAGACGCCUCCGUUCUGCAGCGUACUGGGAGCAGAAGGCCGCUGCUGCUGCCCAGCGGCUGGCGUGCUCGCCCUGGGAGGUGGGCGCGAGGCAGCGCCGCCCGUGCCUCGACGAGGAGGGCCGCCUCGGGCCAGCGGAGGCCGUGGCGCUGGCAGCCGAAGGCGCCCGGGCAGCGGCGGCCACGACGCCAGCAGCGGGAGGCGCCGAGGGCGGCGGAGGCGCCGCUGGCAACCCCAGGAGCUGGGCGGGCGCCAUCUCUAGAGAGCUGCUCCGCGCCGCGCGCGGGCAUUUUGCGCCGCCGGCGCCGCCGGCCCCGCCGCUUGGGCCGCCCCCGGCCCAGCCACUGGGGACCGCUCUGAGGUUGUGUGGCCGGUCGUACCACCCAGCUGGGAGCCGUUAGGUGAGCGUGGAGGAACCGGAGCCCAAUAAUUGCCCAUAAGAUGUCGACGGCGUUGUUGACAUUUGCAGCCCUCUCGGCGUUGCUCCAAGAGCUGGUGAACAGAUUAGCUCUUGCCACGUCGACUUGCCCGCGUUUGGCCGCUUCCAGAACGAGUGGUGCUCGCAUUAGACUUGUGCCUGUUGUGCACAUCGGAGGAGCAAGAAGGCAUGAUCAUGACACGUUCCAAGUUCUACAGGUUUCCCCAUCUGUUUCGUUAGAUACUCUCUAUUGUGUAAGUCUUGGAACCUGCCCUCAGUCAAUCCUAUCAUGACGCCUUGCUCGUCCUAAUACAUACUCAUCAAGAUCUACGAUGAUCUCGAUGUCUGGCCAGCCUUCCCAGAAUUGCGGCCUCGUUUGCCUGGUGACUGCGCUUUGCGGGUUGCUUACAGUUACAAUUCGCAAUUGUGCCUCCUCGUUGUGCCCGCCUGGUAGGUGGCGCACUGCAGCCAAGGUCGCGCGCGACGCUCCAGCAAACAAGCACGAGACAUGUUUCGAACCAGAUCUGCCGGCCUAGAUAGGUUACUGCUGACACGGUGGAUGCUCCCGGCUUCGUGCAUGAGACGCAAGUCCUGGGGUGUUUUCCAGCGUGUUUGCCUGUUGAUUGGUCUUUGCGAAUUGUUUACAGUCCUCUAUUUGCAGUUGAGCUUUACAGGGAAACGAUGCGCGCCAUCUGCUUUGAUGCCUGUUUCGAGAUUCCGCCAGCCGCCUCGUAUUCGGAAUGGGUCCACACCCAUCAAGUGGGAAUCAUAUCAUCGUUGUUGCUGCUGCACGCCAGUCCAGAACAUGCUGCGCCUGCGCCCGCAGCCAAACGGGAGUGGCGAUGGGGACACGCAGCGUGUGGGGCCGAACUAGAUCCGGCAACAUCGGCACCGAUGACUAGACCGACGACCGCGUGCAAUUGCCGAGAGUUCGCGACAUCAAUCGACAAUUCAGAUUAGGGGGCAUGCACGCUCAUCUCCCCGUCGCCGCUUCCAGGUAGGCGGCGCACGACAGCCAAGGUCGCGCGCGACGCCCCAGCAAGCAUGCACGAGACAUGUUUCGAACCAGAUGUGCCUGCCUACGUAGGGUAACGGUGGAUGCUCCCGGCUUCGUGCAUGAGACGCAAGGCCUGGGGUGUUUUCCGGGUUUGCUUGGUGAUUGCUCUUUGCGAAUUGUUUACAGUCCUCUAUUUGCAGUUGAGCUUUCCAGGGAAACGAUUUGCUUUGAUGCCUGAGAGGAUCGCGUUCUCGAGAUCCCGCCAGUCGUUCCAUACUGGAAAUGGGGCCACUGGGAAUGUCAUUCUUGUAAGCGAGGAUGCUUCCCGCUUCGCGCAGGAGACGCGAGACACGGGGUGGUUUCCCAGUUUGUUGGAUGACUGCGCCAAUGUGUUUUUUGUUACUCUUUUUAUUCGUAGUUGAGCUUCCCGUGGAUACGGUGCGCGCCAUCUGUCAGCCGCCCCAGUAUCGGAGACUUCUACCUUUCAGUUCAUUAUUCGGUUGAGGAGGAGGCUGGGGGGAUGGGCGCAUCUUUGGGGUGUUCGAUCGCCUCAUUCGUCACGCGCGACACGAACCGAAACCGAAACCGGCUUCCCAAUCAGGGUCACACCCCAUCCAAUUUUUGUUGCGCACCAGGCCAGCCAUUAAAUUAUCAUGUUGCGCCCGCGUCCGCAGUCCUCAUUUACCACGUGCAGACUUUGUUGCGGUCGUAGUCUUCCCUUUUGUGGUGGCAUCUUCACGUCGCAGCGGAUGUACGGAUGCAAUGCUAACUCAUACAGUCUCGUCUGUCUGCGUUACCCAUGUUAUGUACAGCUCUAGCUCGCAGGUGGACUGCCUUGGCUAAAAACUGUCAAACACCCCUAAGAAGAAAAAGAAA